UUUCUUUAUUUCAAAAUGUCGCGUACCGGUAUUAUCUUGUUUCGCACUGCUGUGGUGGUGACGUUAAUGUGCGUUUUUUGCAUCCAAAUAAAUGGACUUCCGCAUCCACCGCUGACCACAUUAGCCCCGCGGUUAGAUGGCGUCUACAACGAAAAGUUUGAUAAUGUAGAUUUGGACGAGAUAUUGAUCCAGGAGCGAUUACUUAACAACUAUAUCAAGUGCCUGGAGAGUGCCGGCCCCUGUACACCCGAUGCAAAAAUGCUAAAGGAUAUCUUACCCGAUGCAGUUUUGACUGAUUGCACCAAAUGUACAGAAAAGCAAAAAAUUGGCGCUGAGAAGGUGACCCGCCAUCUUAUUGAUAAUCGACCUAACGACUGGGAGCGUCUUGAGAAAAUUUACGACCCGGAGGGUACCUAUCGUUUUAAGUACCUAAAGUCGAAGGCCAACGGCAACAAGUCAUUGUAAAUGUUAUGGAGCAGUUGCACAGGCGACCCAUAAAUCUUCGUUAUUACGGCGUAAAUGAGACGAGGAGUACUUUUUAUCAUUUCUUUUUUUUUUAAUUUAAUUUUAAAUUUUGAAAUUUUUGUUGUAACCCAAGUUUUCGAAAUAUUAAUUACAAUAAACUUAAUCUGCGUGCUUUGACCUGAG